GACUGCUGUGUGUUUUGGUUAAAUUCAUGGAAGCUGUGGAAUCAGUUUGGAGGGAAAUUUAACCAAACAAUGCUCCCAAGAAAUGCACUCAUUAGCAAAUUUCAGACCCAUAAUCUUCUCUCCAAAACCUUCAAAUCCACAGGCUUUCCUCCUUUUCUCUUCCUUCUCUGCAUCUCCGUCCCCACUUCCCUCUUCUUCCUCUUCCUCGCCAUGGUUCUCCGUCCUCCGCACCGCGAUUUCAGCCUCCUACUUGCUCCUAGGCAAGUGCGUCCAUGGCCGUAUCGUGACUUCCGGAGGACACCCAGAUCGUUUCUUGACCAACAACCUUAUUACCAUGUAUUCAAAAUGCGGGUCUCUGUCCUAUGCACGCCGCCUGUUUGAUAGAACUCUUGAUAGAGAUCUUAUUACUUGGAACUCAAUCUUAACCGCCUAUGCUCAGUCUGUCGACUCUGUGGUUGACAGUGUGCAGGAGGGUUUUCGCCUUUUUCGGCUUCUUCGUGGGUAUUAUGUUUCCACAAGUAAAAUGACUCUGGCUCCAGUGUUGAAGUUGUGUUUGUAUUCUGGGUAUGUUUGGGCUUCAGAGAGUAUUCACGGGUAUGCUGUGAAGAUUGGUUUGGAGUUGGAUGAGUUUGUUUCAGGUGCUUUGGUAAAUAUAUACACCAAAUUUGGGCGAAUUGGGGAGGCUCGGGUUUUGUUUGAGGAGAUGUCCAUAAGAGAUGUUGUGCUGUGGAAUGUUAUGCUGAAGGCAUACCUGGAAAUGGAUCUCAAGGAAGAAACAGUUUCUCUUUUUGGCAAUUUACAUAGGAGUGGUCUUUGUCCUGAUGAUGUCAGUAUCCAUUGUGUUCUUAGUGGGAUUUCUAAUGUUGCUUCUGAUAUAGGCAAGAGGCAUAUGGAGCAGAUUCAAGCAUAUGCAACUAAGUUAUUUUUGUAUGACAAUGAUUCGAAUGUAGUGUUGUGGAAUAAGGCCUUGUCUGAGUAUCUCCGAGCUGAUAAGAAUUUGAUUGCUAUUGAUUGCUUUAUCAAUAUGAUCAAAUCCAAUGUGGAAUGUGAUAGUGUGACAUUUGUAGUUGUUUUGGCUGCAGUUACUGGUUCAACUGAUUUAUGGUUGGGACAGCAGAUUCAUGGCAGGGUUUUAAAAUUAGGUUUUGAUUCAGCUGUUUCUGUAGCAAAUAGCCUUAUCAAUAUGUUCUCAAAAAUGAAUUGCUUCUCAUUGGCUCAGAAAGUGUUCUCUGAAAUGAAAGAUUUGGAUUUAAUUACUUGGAACUCAAUGAUAUCAAGUUGCACCCAGAAUGGUUUAGAAAAAGAGUCUGUGAAUCUGUUCAUUGAUCUAUUACGAAAUGGGCAAAGGCCAGAUCAUUUCACUUUAGCAAGUGUUCUCAAGGCUUCCUCCUCACUUUCAGAGGGCUUGUAUGUCAGUGAACAGAUCCAUGUUCAUUCAAUAAAAACAGAUAAUGUUGCUGACACCUUUGUUUCAACAGCUCUUAUUGAUGUUUAUUCUAGGGGUGGAAAAAUGGCAGAGGCAGAGCUUGUUUUUAGAAACAAAGGUGAAUUUGAUUUGGCAUCUUGGAAUGCAAUGAUGUUUGGUUAUAUAUUAACUAAUGAUAGUCAGAAGGCAUUGAAACUCUUUGCUUUGAUGCAUGACAAUGGAUAUAAGUUAGAUGAGAUCAGUUUGGCAACGGUAAUCAAAGCUUGUGGUUGCCUCUUUGGGUUGGGACAAGGUAGGCAAAUUCAUGCUUAUGCCAUAAAGUCUGGCUUUGAUGCAGAUUUGGUUGUCACGAGUGGGAUUCUAGAUAUGUACGUCAAGUGUGCUGAUAUGGUAGAUGCACAAUUGGUUUUUGAUGAUAUUCCUGCACCAGAUGAUGUUGCAUGGACAACUAUGAUUUCAGGAUGUGUUGAAAAUGGAGAUGAAGACCGUGCCCUUUCUGUAUAUCAUAGGAUGAGGCUGUCUGGGAUUCAACCUGAUGAAUAUACUUUUGCUACCCUUGUCAAAGCCACCUCUCUUCUAACUGCAUUAGAACAAGGGAGACAACUUCAUGCCAAUGUCAUCAAGUUGGAUUGUGGUUCUGAUCCUUUUGUUGGGACUUCCCUUAUUGACAUGUAUGCAAAGUGUGGCAGCAUAGAAGAUGCUUAUCGUUUGUUUAAAAAAUUCAAUACUAGGAACAUAGCCUUGUGGAAUGCCAUGUUGGUGGGUUUAGCUCAACAUGGAAAUGGUGAAGAAGCCCUCAACCUUUUCAAAGUUAUGAAAUCUCUCGGUAUCCAGCCAGAUGGUGUUACUUUCAUUGGCGUCAUUUCUGCCUGUAGUCAUUCCGGUCUAGUUUCUGAAGCUCGUGAGUAUUUCGAUUUAAUGCGCAAGAAUUAUGGUAUUGAGCCUGGAAUUGAGCACUACUCCUGUCUAGUUGAUGCCCUUGGUCGUGCAGGGUGUGUUAAAGAGGCAGAGAAGCUAAUUCUAUCAAUGCCCUAUGAAGCUUCAGCUUCAAUGUACGGAGCUCUGCUUGGUGCUUGUAGGUUGCAGGGAGAUACAGAAACCGGUCAACGUUUGGCAACAAAGCUCUUAGCCUUGGAGCCAUCCGACUCUGCAGCUUAUGUUCUUUUGUCAAACAUCUAUGCUGCUGCAAACCGAUGGGAUGACAUGAGCGAUGCUAGGAAAACGAUGAGGAGGAAGAAUGUAAAGAAGGAUCCCGGGUUUAGCUGGAUAGACGUAAAGAACAAGGUACACUUGUUUGUGGUGGAUGAUAGAACCCAUCCCCAGUCUGAUUCAAUAUAUGCAAAGCUAGAAGAUGUUAUUAGAAGGAUCAAGGAAGAAGGAUAUGUCCCGGAUACAGAAUUCACUCUUCUGGACGUGGAAUAAGAGGAAAAGGAGCGUGACAGUGAAAAGCUAGCCAUAGCCUAUGGACUCAUAAGCACCCCUCCAUCCACCACCAUCCGGGUAAUAAAAAACCUCCGCGUCUGUGGAGACUGCCACAAUGCCAUAAAGUAUAUAUCCAAUGAUUUUGAAAGAGAGAUUGUGUUGAGAGAUGCAAAUCGAUUCCAUAGAUUCAAGGGUGGAAUCUGCUCUUGUGGCAAUUAUUUUUUUUGAUCUUGUUAGUAUAAUUAGAGGUAAUUAUCUCCCAUCCCUUAUCUCAUCUUACUCAUAUGUCAUAUGACUUGAAUUUAUAAUCCCUUACUUUUUAGUGGAAGAAGAUCUCUAGAUUAAGAUCGUUGGUACUCUUGUGGUGAUUAUUGGUAACAGAAAGAAACUUAUUUGGUAUGU